GAGAUUGUGUAGAAGGAAGCAUCAAAGAUGAAACUCAGCUUUUCCUUAUUGUCCAAGCUUUUGAUACUGCAAUAUCUAUCAGUUCUAUGUCUUUCUGCAGACGAUUUUGAUUUCUUCUACUUUGUUCAGCAGUGGCCAGGGUCAUACUGUGACACGAAGCAGAGUUGCUGCUAUCCAAAGACUGGAAAACCUACGGCAGAUUUCGGCAUUCAUGGACUCUGGCCUAACUACAAUGAUGGCUCAUGGCCCUCAAACUGUGAUCCUGAUAGCGUAUUUGAUAAAUCUCAGAUCUCAGACCUCCUUAGCAGCAUGGAGAAGAACUGGCCAUCCCUGAGCUGCCCAAGUAGCAAUGGCAUAAGGUUCUGGUCACACGAAUGGCAGAAACAUGGUACCUGCGCUGAAUCUGAGAUUGAUCAGCGUGAGUACUUUGAAACAGCUCUCAAACUGAAGGAGAAAGUGAACCUUCUUAAGAACCUCAAGGAUGCAGGGAUUGAACCAGAUGAUGAAUUUUACAGCCUAGACAGCAUUAAAGAGGCUAUAAAACAGGGUUCUGGGUUUACCCCAGGGAUAGAGUGUAAUAAGGAUUCAGGUCAUAACAGCCAGCUUUACCAAGUUUACAUGUGUGUGGACACUUCUGGGUCAAAUUUCAUUGAGUGCCCUAUCUUUCCAAAGAGCAAAUGUGGUUCACAAAUACAAUUCCCCAAGUUUUAAGAGAAUUUAGUUGAGCAAAACAUUGUUUAAACUUGUUGCUUUCUAGUUAUUAUAGUACUUCUAAACUUUCACAAGAUGACGACUAUGCAGCCAUCUUCCUUUGUAUGUGCCUUGUAAUAAUAAAAAAGUCUAUGGGAUUGUGAUGUAGAUCGAUAAAUUUACAUCAG